AUGUGGGCCAGUGCUGGCCACAGUGAGCCACCUGCACAUCCCCACGAGGACACGCCCAGCCAGCUCACACCCUGCCUCUCUGUAUGUGCAGUGCACCAGUCGUUACAGAGCCGAGGACCACCACCACCAGCACCACAACCACAACCAGAACCGCCACCACCACCACUGCCACCGCCACCUCUGCCAGCGCACCUCGCCAGACACCUGCUGCUGCGCGGCCCACGACUCCUCCACCUGAUGAGGCCACUGUCUCUCAAAUGCGGACCACCCACCAUGUCGGCAGUUACGGAGGUUCAGAACACCACAACCGAGGCUCUGGCCGCCCUGGUAGACGGGGGUGAAGGCUCCCUGGUGACGCUGGUGGCGGGCGAGACGAGGGUGGCGGCUCACAGGGCCGUGUUGGCAGCUGCGAGCCCAGUGUUCGAAGCGAUGCUCGCGCACGACAUGCUGGAGGCCAGCUGCGGCCAGGUGAGCAUCGACGACGUGGAGGGCCCGGUGCUGAGGCUCCUGGUGGCCUACACGUAUACCCUGCGGGCCCCCCAGCUGCCCGACACGGCCGCCCAGCUGCUCCCGGCGGCCGACAAGUACGGCUUGUCGGGCCUGAAGGCUGCCUGCGAGCGGCAGCUGAUCUCGCAGUUGGCCGUCGAGACCGCAGCGGCGACGGCCGUCAGGGCAGUGAGGCACUCGUGCCCGGACGCCACCAGGGCUGCCGUCGCCUUCAUAAACGACCACCCGCAGGUGAUGGCCACGCAGGGCUGGGCGGACGCUGUGCUCGAGUGUCCACAAGAAGUCAACGAAGUCAUCCGUCAACUCCGUGAGCCACCAGCAGAAGCCAGCUCGCCGACCGCCACAGGGGGCGGAUCCACCCCCAACUCUGACCGUCAACCCCACAGCGGCCACAGCCGGACUCCUGCUGCAGCUGCGCCUCCCACGUCUGCCCGACACACCCCUCCACCUGAUGACGCAGCCGUCUCGCGCUUCCGGAGCCUUUCUGAUGCAGAGCGAGACAGGAGGCUGAGAGAGGCGGCUAAAUGGGGGGCGGUGGAGGAGGUGCGGGCGUUGCUCGCGGCUGGGGCGGACGUGGCGGCGAGGGCCAGGGACGGGGACACCGCCCUGGACUGCGCUGCACGGAGAGGCCACGCGGCUGUGGUGCGGCUGCUGCUCUCUGCGGCGUCCGACCCCAACGCCAGGACUCAGUGGGGGCGGACGCCGCUGCACUUGGCGGCAUGCUAUGGCCGCGCAGAAGCGGCGGCUGCGUUGCUGCAGGCCGGAGCCGACAGGGGGCUGAGGACUGAUGAUGGGGAGACCCCCCUGGACUACGCCAGGCAGCAAAACCGGCAGCAGCUCGUCGAGAUGCUAACAGGGCGUUAAUACGUGCCACUAGAGAAAAUAACAUGUACUUCAUUCUACAUAACAUUAAAAUAAAAAAUUGAAAAAUGAA